UAUAACCUCACUAGUGAAAGAUUCUCAUGGAUUCUCAUGUGUUAUUUUAUGUGUUUUGAAAAAUAAAAUCAGUUUAUUCAGCAUAUUAAAUAAGUAAAAAUGACAGAAACUGAAGAAUACUUUCCGCGCGGUGGAAAGAAACCGACAGUAACAUAUUUUAAACAAAGUAACAAUUUUUUAGGAUCUGCAGAGAAGGGGGAAAGGAAGAAAAAGAAACAGAAAAAGAAGACUGAAGAUGACGAUGGAUAUUUGUCGGAUGAUGUCGCAAAAUACGUUGAUAAAUCUUACAAAAACUGUGCCUCCAGACUUAGCUAUAAGAGUAUUAAACCAGGAGUGACUAUUCUGGGCCGAGUGCGAAGCGCACAAGAAACUAAGCUGACAGUGUCGUUACCGGGCAACAUGAUGGGCUCAGUCAUGGCGUGCCAUGUUAGUGAGGCUUACAACAAACUGCUGGAGGCAUACGUUAACGAUCAGGCUGAGAAGAUACGGGAGCUGCCUGAAAUGUUCCAGCCCGGGCAGUACAUCGCUGUGAAAGUGUUGGAGGUGGAAGGCACUAGACUCAUGCUGUCCAUGAUGCCGAAAGACAUCUAUGGGGGUCUCACACGUGAAGAUGUUCAGAAAGGUGAUCUAGUGCAAGCUGCUGUGACGUCAGAGGAAGACCAUGGCUACAUUAUGGAUAUAGGCAUUCCCAACACCAAGCCAUUCUUGCCUAAGAGCAAACACAACCCAGAAUUGGAGCUAAGUGCGGGUAUGGUGACUUGGUGCUCUGUGCGGUCGGUAGCUCCUGAGACGGGUAUCGUCAAGCUGAGUACCGACCCGGAGACAGUGCGGCGGUCGGCGCCCUCCAGAAAGCCCGGAAAAGCACUGCUGCCCGCCACUUCGGUGCACUUCGUUGUUGACAAGCCCCUAGACAACGGGCUGGAGGGCCGCGUGGGCGAGCUCACCGCCUACAUCCAGCGGCAGCACCUCGACAAGGUCGCGGGGAGGAAGCCCGCCAUCGGACAGAGGAUAAACGCGCGAGUGCUAUACGUGAUGCCGACGCGCAACACUCCGUUUCUGACUAUGAAGGACAUCUUCGCGACCACCUGCCCUGACCUGCAGCAGGAGCAGACGCUCAAGGAAGGGGACAUCAUCGAGGAAGCUCAGGUGCUGUGCAUCCUGGGCCGCUCGGUGCACUUCAAGCUGGGCGGCGGGCGCGCGGGCAGCAUGGCGCUGCGCCACGUGCAGGUGGACGAGGACCUGGCUGAUGAGCAGGUGCUCGCCAAGUCCUACCCCGUCGGUGAGUGUGCCUGCAUCCUGGGCCGCUCGGUGCACUUCAAGCUGGGCGGCGGGCGCGCGGGCAGCAUGGCGCUGCACCACGUGCAGGUGGACGAGGACCUGGCUGAUGAGCAGGUGCUCGCCAAGUCCUACCCCGUCGGCAGCAUUCACCGAGUCCGCGUGCUAGCCUACAGUCUGUCAGACUACACGUAUUUAGUCACCGACCAGCCGGCUCUUCUGGCUGAGAAAUACUUCACCCUGGACCAGUUGGACGUUGGAGACUUUGUCGACGGCACAAUCAAGACCAUUGCUGACAAUCAUAUGCUGGUGGACGUUGGGAGGUUAACGGGUUACAUACCACAAACGCAUUACUCCGACGCUGGUCUUUUCAUCGACCCAAAGAAGGCCAGUACGUCCAAACUGCCCAAGAAGUUCAAGGUCGGCCAGCGUAUCAGGGCCCGGGUGCUCACCGUCGACCGACCCAAGAAAGGCCUGCUGCUGACCGUGAAGCCUUCGUUGCUGGAUGAGGAGCUGGUCGUGCUGAAGAGUUAUGAGGAGGCAGAGGUCGGGAAGGCGUAUACUGGCUUCAUUAGGCUGGUCCGCGAGUACCUGCUGGUGUCGUUCUUCGACAACGUGACGGCGCUGGUGCCGCGCGCGCACGUCUCGCGGGAACCGCUGGAAACACUCGCGCACGCCUUCCACCUCGGACAAAUUGUGACAUGCACGAUUUUGAAGGUAGACGCCGAAAACAAAAAAAUGACUGGUAGCUUUACUGUAGUCCCAUUUACACCUCGUCCUAAAAAUGAAAAAGCAGAAAAACGCAAGCAAAAGUCUGGUGAUGAAGUGCCUAAUAAGAAAGCAAAAUGUAACGACGAAGAAACGGACGUCAAGGAUAAAAAGAAAAAGAAGAAAAAACGUAAUGAUUCAGAAGCAGAUGACGAAGAACAUGACACGGACGCUAAGACUAAGAAAAAGUCUAAAAAAAGCAAAGAAAAAAAUCAACUGGAACCUGCAGAAGACUCUGACAACAGCGAAGCAAAGGACAAACGCUCAAAAAAGAACAAAAAGAAAGAACAGGAAUUAAAAUCAGAAGAGAGUGACGCGAUAGAAACAGAUUUUUACGAAGACAGCGACCAAGUGUUGACGCCAGAAGAUAAGCACCUGAUAGAUUUGUCCGACUGUGACGAUAUCAAAAAGUGCAAAAAAAGGAUCGUGUCUCUAACAAAGAACGUUAACGCACGAAUGAAAAGGAUAGACAGGAUCGACCAGAAAAUCGUCAAAAUAGAAACGAAAGGGCUCAGCGCAAAGAACAAAAGGUACCACACAGCGAUGCACACGGAAAAGUUAGUCGUUCAAGAAAGAAUUGCUAAAUUAUUAGAAGCUUUAAAGAAGGCGCAAGAGAAACUAAAAGAAUUAGGGUUCGACGAAGAAGAAAAUCGCCAAAACAAAUUGGAUAAGAAAAAACAGAAGGAAACAGAAGUCAAAGAAGAAGACACAACUGCACAGCCACCUGUAAAAGAACAGAAAGAGACAAAAGAAUCGAAGAAAAGGAAGAAAGACAUCAAGAUAGUGGAGAGUCUAGAGCCAGCGCUUGAAGUGCCGAGUGCUAAAGAUUUCUGGUCGGCGGACACUGAGAACUUGACGAAGAAUGUACAAGAGGAAUCCAGUAGCAGCGAGGAAGACGAAACAGAGCAGCCCAAAAAGAAGCGUAAGAAGCGCAGCGCAGCAGAGAAGCUGGCGAAGUUACGCGAAGAGGAAGAGCGCAUCCGAGCGUUAGAACAGAGAGCCGCCACCAGCGACCAGCAGCCAAGAUCUAGCGACCAGUUCGAGCGAGCGUUGUUGGCCAGCCCUGACUGCAGCCAGCUGUGGAUCGCUUACAUGGCCUUCCAUUUACAGGCGACGGAGAUCGAAAAGGCUCGCGCAGUGGGGCGGCGCGCACUCGGCGUCAUCAGCUUCCGCGAGGAGCACGAGCGCCUCAACAUCUGGCUCGCGCUCGUCAACACAGAAGCGCGCUUCGGGACCAAGGAAUCCCUGCAAAACAUCCUUCAAGAAGCAGUUCAAAUGAACGACCCGUUCCAAGUGCACUCCAAGGUCCUGGACAUCUAUGUGGAGACCAGCAAGCAGCAGGAGCUGUGCUCUCUCGUGGACCUGAUGCUGCGGAAGUAUAAGAGAGAUCCUGGGACGUACACGCUGUGUGGAGCGGCCUGCUUUAAGCUGGGGCUCGUGGAAAAAGCUAGGCAGGUCAUGCAGAAAGCCAUUAGUGUGCUGGAGAAGAAGGAACACGUGUCAGUGCUAGUCCAGUUCGCGCUACUUGAACGGGACUCAGGCGAGCGCGAGCGUGCGGAGGCUUUGUUCGAACAAGUCUUAGCGGUGUACCCGCAGCGAGUCGAUGUUUGCUCGGUAUACGUCGAUAUGCUGCUCAAGGCUGGCGACGUCGACCAUGUCAGGCAAGUCAUGGAGCGUGUGACGUCGCAGAAGUUGCCAGCACGAAAAAUGAAAAUACUGUUCAAGAAGUGGAUUGAGGUGGAAGAAAAAAUAGGAGAUCAAGAAAAAGUGGAAGACAUACGACAACGGGCCAUGGAGUACAUAGAAAAAGCCAAGUUUUAGUUAUUUGUUAUUCAAUUUACUUAAUUAUUGUUCUCAUCUGUCUAGUUGAUUAUUGUAUCAUACUACCAAUUGGUAUUGUUAUAAAGUUACCCAUACAAUUCCAUCCUAGCUGAAAAUUUAAGUGUCAAUAAUAAUACACAGUAAGAAUUUGUCAAAAUAUUUAAUAAACGUAAAGAUUACAUAAAACAAUUAAAUGUAUUUAAACAUAUAA